ACCCAAAUGUUAUUAUAUUAAAUCAAAUUCAAUGCAUCUGCAAGCCCCCAAAAUGAACACAUACACUACAAAAUCAAACCCACUCAAAACGAAGUAUAAUCCCCGGAUCCCGACAGUCCCCAAAGUGUUUGCAGUCCCCCAAAACAAAAUUAAUGACUGCACGCGCACACACCCCCUCCCCCGAAAAGCCGGCAAACAGCUGACCGACCAGGCGGAAACGUGGCGAGGCGCCGCGUUCAAUCCCCGCGCUACUUCACCCUAGUCCGGUAGGUGCUGGGCCAGUUCACAGUGUUCCUGCGCAGUCUUCUAUUAGUGAUCCCGCCCGUUGGUAUAAAUCCAAAAUAGAAACAGUCGCCGGAUUGCUGCUGUUCUGAGUCCGCUCAACAAGACCGCCGCCUGUCAGCGCGCGCCAAACAAAAACAAACUUGCGUCACCUCCCCCUCGUCACCUUUUAUAACCCGUGACACGUACAAAUAAUAACAAUAAUUAUAAUACAGGACAACACAUGAUCCCAACUCAAUACAAGUGUAUGCGAGGCUGCGUCUAUCGUAACUGGGUAUUUACGACACUGAAGUAAACGUUAAAUACCUCAAAAACUGAAGGGGGCGCUAAAAGGGAAAAACUACAUAGUGGGGCUUUAAUGAAUAAGUGUUCAGAAAGUCUAGAGAGCUCUCCCGUUGUUUAUGGGAUGUUUAUAAAAGGAGGUCCACUAUGAACAUAUAACAUCAAUAUAACAUCACGCCUCAGCUAUAAGCACAUACAAAUAGAACAGCACAAGUGUUACUUUUCUCCAAAUAAUGAAUUAGUCUCAUAUUUUUUACUUUCAUUAUUUAAGUCUUGAUACAAGUCAUAAUAAUGAGAUAUUAAGUCAUAAUAAUGAGAUAUUAAGUCAUAAUUAUGCUUACACCGUUUAUAUUUAAAAAAAUUGAAAACAUUUUGUUAAACAAACAAAGUUGUUGGUGUGAGAUAUUUGGAGUCUUGGUGACGUGUUUGAAAACGUCACUUUAAAAACACGGGAACGACAUUUUACAUUUAGACCCGAAAUAAAAGUCACUGAUUAAUCAAAUAACAAUCAAUCGAUAUUAAAACCAAACCGCUCCCCAUCGCGGAACAACAACAACGCGACGUAACAAACAUCGCACGCUUCUCGUUCAACCGGUGGUUCCGCUUUUUCUUCUUCUCCCGCACGGCCCCUGAACGCAGCAUCGGGCCCAGGGGCGGGUGAGGCUAAACCGGAGAGCAGCAUGGCGGACGAUGGAGACAGCGCGAGCGGACCAGUCGACGCGAGCGGCGGCGGCGGCGGCGAAGGCGGCCUCGGGCUCUCAGGCCCGGCGGACGAAGCGGACGGGCUCGGCCUCGGCGCGGUGCUGCUGAACGCCGGGCUGCUGCUGCUGCUGGUGGCGGCCUGCGUGGCGGCGUACCGGCGGUGGGGCGUGCGGCUCGCGGCCGCCGCGGCCCAGAGCGACGAGGCCUCUGCGCUGCCCAAGAUGAGGAGACGGGACUUCUCGCUGCAGCAGCUGCGGGACUACGACGGGCUGCGGGACCCGCGCAUCCUCAUGGCCGUCCACAUGAAGGUGUUCGACGUCACCAGCGGGAAGAAGUUCUACGGGAAAGACGGUCCUUACGGCAUCUUCGCGGGCCGGGAUGCUUCCAGAGGCCUGGCCACCUUCUGCCUGGAGAAGCACAUCCUGAGGGACGAGUAUGACGACCUGUCCGACCUCAACGCCGUGCAGAUGGAGAGCGUCCGCGAGUGGGAGAUGCAGUUCAUGGAAAAAUACGACUACGUGGGGCGGUUGCUGAAGCCGGGCGACGAGCCGUCGGAGUACACGGACGAGGAGGACGUCAAAGACCACCUGAAGCACGACUGAGCGCCCCCACCUCCACCCAGACCACCUCCUACCUGCCCCCUAUAGUAAACCUCCACCUCCUGAGUCUGUCUGGUGGCUGUCGUGGACUCAAGACUCCCCCCCCCCCCAAGAGGACCACCAACAGGAAGCGGAUACCUUGGCCGAGGGCUUCUUCUUUUAAAGGACAGAAACCUGGAGUAGGAGACCAGUGGUGCCGUUUGAUGUAUUUGAAAAACAACCACAGAUUAUUGUAGUCAUUCUCCAGACGGGGGGGGGGGUUCGUUGGUGUGUGGAGGUCAGUCAUUGGUCGAAGACCAUCAGUGGAUCGGGAAACGGAUUUCUCUUGUUUUUUUUAUCUUGGUCUCGUCACAUCGCACUUGAAUCUGCUUCAGCUUGGGAAAGCUUAUCAAUCAAUCGAUCACUUCGUUCUGAUCCCUGUUGUAGUGCCGCACUACUCGUCCUCUUCGUUUGUCACCAUGUGAUUGUUUCUGUUGAGCAACAUGGAGGGAGGGGGUCUUUUAUUUUGAAAUGUAUUUUUAUUUUUUGGGAUGGCAGGAGGAGGGGGAGGAGUCGGGGGGGGGGGGGGUCAAAGGUCGUUGCCAUAAGAAACCUGUUUGACCGCGUCAGCCGGAUGAGACUCCCGAUGGAUCAAAGGGAAGGGGGAGGCGGUCCUGAUGGAGCCAUUGUUUACACGAGGAGAGAGAACAUGGUCCAAGUAUUAAUUGUGCCUUAUUUAGUUUGUCAGUCCCGGGGGGGGGGGGGGGUAGGUAGGUAGGUAAAGGGGGAGGAGUUUAAGAAGGCCAACAUCUCCCCACGUCACAGACUCUGUACAUAGACGUAUGAAUUACUCAGUGUUACUGCCAUAUUUAUGUAGUUGAUGAACUCCAGAUAUGUUUAAUGCUACGAUGGCCAACCCCCAAAACCCAAACCCAUGGUUUGUGUUCUCCCUCUUUAUUUUGGUUCUACCCCCCUGACCCCAUGACCCCGUUCUAGGGAAAACCAACCCAACCCCAACAAGGAGUUGCGAUGAGCUGCAGGCGGACCGGGAGCUGCUCCUGGGACUUUAGUUCUCAGACGUUAUCCUGUAAAUAUAUAUUAUCAUUUUAUUAAAGCAUGUGCAACAUAAAAGUGAGCUAUGCCGAAUUCCACCACGUUGUGUAUUUAAAUGUUGUGUGUGUGUGUGCGCGUGUGUGUGACAGGCAGGAAGGGAUUUGUUCAUGCAUAAUAAAUCGAUUUGGUUAAUAAUUGA